CGCUGCUGGGCUUCUCAGAGGGGGCGCGCUGUCCUUGUUUGACCACGAGGGGUCGCCGGUGACCAUUGAUCCUGAGAUGCCAGCCAAUCCCAAGAGACAGAGAGGUCCUCCUACAGAAAUUCUGCACUGAUGUCACCGUCCAGCUCUCCAGUGGAGAGCGGGAGGAGAGCCGAGAUCGCCAAGUGUCAGGGGGAGAUCGAGAGGCUGCGGGAAGAGCUUGCCAAGAGAUCCCUCUGGAUUUGUGCCUCCCCGUGUCCCCCUGCCAGCAGGAGGCUUAUCCCUCGCCGUGAUGUUCCCUCAUAUCCCAAGUACACCCUCUCUCCAGAGACCAUCGAGGCACUGAAGAAGCCAACCUUCGACAUCUGGCAGUGGGCUCCCAACGAGAUGCUGAGUUGUAUCGAGUACAUGUUCCACAGUCUGGGCCUGGUCAACCAGUUUAACAUCAAUGCCAUCACUCUGAAGCGAUGGCUGCUGAGCGUCCAGGAGAACUACAGGGAGAAUCCGUUCCACAACUUCCGCCACUCCUUCUGCGUCACCCAGAUGAUGCAUGGCAUGAUCCAACUGUGUGAGCUGCAGGCCCGGCUGAAACCCAUUGAGAUCUUGAUCCUGAUGACCUCCGCUGUCUGCCACGACCUGGAUCACCCCGGGCUCAACAACACAUACCAGGUCAAUGCUCAGACCGAUCUCGCACGUCGCUACGGAAACCGCUCCCCCCUGGAACAGCACCACUGCACCGUGGCCUUCCAGAUACUCUCAGAGCCCAACUGUGACAUCUUCGCUGGCACAGAGUCGGGAGUCUCGGAGGAGAUCCGGAAGGGGAUGAUGGAGCUGAUCUUGGCCACAGACAUGGCGAGACACGGGGACAUCAUGGAUGCGUUUGCACAAUGCCUCGACAUGUUCGACGACCAGAACCAGGAACACGUCCGACUGCUGGAACAAGUACUGAUCAAAUGCUGUGACACCUCCAACGAGGUGCGGCCCACCCAGGUCUCUGAGCCCUGGCUCGACUAUUUGUUACAGGAGUACUUCAUGCAGGGAGACCGGGAGAAGUCGGAGGGUUUACCAGUGUCGCCCUUCAUGGACCGGGACCGGGUGUGGAAAUCUCACACACAGAGAGCAUUCAUCACUUCCACCCUCAUGCCCAUGUUCGAGUCCUUGACCAAGCUCUUCCCCCAGCUGGAGGAGGUGAUGCUGCAACCCCUCAGGCUGGCGAGGGAUCGUUACCAGCAGCUCGGAGAGAGGGAGAUGGCGAGACUGGAGGUGCCCUCGGAGCCCACCGUGGCAUCAGUCUCCAUCUGACGGGAC